GAAAUGAAUUUCUUGCAGGUCUUUGCUGCGAGUCGGACUGCGAACUACAUUUCCCGUGGCUUUCUGCGCGGUUGGGGUUACGUAUGCUGGUCUCUUCACGCAGUCUAUGAUGCGGCAGCGAUAAAUGUGGUCAUUGAACGACAGUAGCCCAGGCACAUUUGCAUGGCCCUCAGGAUUAAGCGGUGCUGCCUGCAUUAAUGGUUGUGCAAUCAUAACACAAGUCUGUGGUUAAACGUCACAGCAGCACAAAGGAGGAGUAGAGGCUGAUAAUGCAGCGCUUCCUAACUCAUGGCGCACGGCUUAUGGCAGCUGCACGCCCAUUAUUGGUGGGUGUCACCAUCCCUGAACCACCAGUAGCAUUUUGUUGCUGUGUCCUCCACCUGUCACUACCACCAUCGACAGGCCGACGCUGGCUGUCAACCUCAGCCUCAAGCAAGGCAGCACAUCAGCCAAAACACCAGCCCCCACAGGAGGAACCACAGUCAAGCUCAAAAUCUCAAGCACAGGAGAUCCAGAAAGGGGAAGCUGGGCCUGAUGCUGUCGAGGUGGAUCCCCUGCAGGACAAGUCCACCGGUCUGGUCCAGAGGUUUAAGAGGACCUUCAAACAGUAUGGGAAGGUGAUGAUCCCUGUACAUCUCAUGACGUCCUCAGUCUGGUUUGGAACCUUCUAUUACGCUGCUAUGAAAGGUGUGAAUGUAGUGCCCUUCCUGGAGAUGAUUGGUCUACCUGAAUCACUAGUUGGCCUUUUGAGAGACUCUUCGAGUGGUUACGCUCUGACUGCGUAUGCCAUGUACAAGAUUGCAACCCCUGCAAGAUAUACGGCAACUCUGGGCGGCACAUCACUAUCUGUUCAGUAUCUCCGCAAGCAAGGCUACUUAUCAACACCACCACCGGUUAAAGAAUACAUCCAGGACAAAAUGGAGGAGACAAAGGAGAAACUGACAGAAAAGAUGGAGGAGACAAAGGAGAGAUUUUCAGAGAAAAUGGAGGAAACAAAAGAACGUUUCUCUGAGAAAAUGGAAGAGACUAAGGACAAGUUUUCUGAAAAACUGCAGGAAACCAAAGAUAGAGUUUCAGAGGGAAAAGCAUUUUUUAGAAAGAAAAGCGAUUAGGGAAAACUGUUUACAGAUGACACCUCUGAAUAAAUUAUCCUAUUUUGAUCCAAACAAAUAAUCAGUAAGCCUUGGGGAAAUAACAGACUGCACUUGUGAGACUGCGUAAAGACUAAUGAGAGUUUGUACUAUCCAUGUCCUAAAGUUUCAUCUCACACAUCUUAGUCAUCAGUUGUCUAUUUAUGUGUCAAAUUCUGUCCUUGUCCAAACUCUGCCACGAUGCACUGUAAAUGUAGACCAGUGGUUCCCAACCUUUUUGGUCUGAGGUACCCCUACAGCCCCGUUGGAGGUCUGUGUAAUUUUAUCAUAUAAGUAAACUGUAAAAAAUAUUAAGGUUGGUUUGGUCAGCAUUCAUACUACUAAUAGCCUACUAAGCUAAUACUUUUACUACUACUUUAGUUAGCUGAAAGUAAUACAUUAGUAUUACUUUCAGCUAACUAUUUUAAACUAUUCUCCAUUAAUUUUAGCUACCUGUUCAAACUUCUCUGCCAGCUUGCGAACAAGUUUUCACACACUUACAUAAUUGCAACACAGUGUUCAGGUGUUAACUUAAUGCUAAUAUGUUGAUGUUUUCUUUCAAUCAAAUAAUUAUUUCAAAUUAGUUGAGCUACUCUCCAAUCUUUCCAUGUACCUCCUGGAAACUGCAGAAGUACACCUGGUUGGGAAUCAUGCAGCUUAGCAGGAAGGAUUUCCACAGCCUCAAGUGAUCUGGACUGUAAAAAUUUGAGAAGCUGUGUUCUUAUUUCUCUUUACAUAAAUAUAUGAGGGGGAAAAGGAGGUCUGGGCUACAAAGGGUUAAAA